CUUAGACGAUCACGUGACUACCCAACUCCCUUCCUUCAUUAUCUCCUUUAUCAAAUCGUGUAUUCAACCAUUCUGGCCGGCGUGAAUGGUCUAGUUAAACAUUUCCCUUCAAAGUGUGUUUGCUAAACGACAUUGAGCAGUGGUUCUACUGUUACCUUGACGACCGCACAGCCGAGAUCAUGUCAAUGUUCAGCACAGGCAUCCUCGUGCUGACGUCCCCCCUCCACACGCUCCCCCUGCGCAUCACCCCCGUGCUCAGCUCGGCGGCGCAGCUAGUGGAGCGCACCCUGUAUGUCCACCUUCACCCGGGGCUCAAUCUGGGGGGUGGCGGCCAACCUCGGCCCGUAUUCAUCCCACCCGCCGUGGAUGUCUCCACGCUCAUCACGCGCCUCUACAGCAACGCCAGCGACGUGUGCGGCCACCUGGAUGUCCGUGUCCUGCUCACCAACAUCCACGCCCCCGCAGCUGCUUGCGGCGCCAGCGGGCCCUUCCCUUCUCCGCAGUACCUCGCUCACUCCCCGGAGGUUCUGCUCACGGACUUUCAGCUGCAGGACCCGGCUCAGUCCAGCCAGGUGACUCAGUGUCUGCAGAGGUACACGGGAUGCUGCUACGUUUGCAGCCCUGAACUUCCAUCAGUGCUGCUUCACCCGCAGUUGGAGACGCUACAAGAGGAGAACGAGGAGGUGGCAAGGCUUAAAGAAACUGAAGAUAAACCACUGCAGACGUACACAGACGUGGUGGUCGGCGGCACUUUUGACCGCCUCCACGGGGCCCAUAAGACCCUCCUCAACAUCUCAUGCCUUCUCGCCACCAGACGCUUCCUCAUCGGCGUGUGUGACCAAGGAAUGUUGAACAAAAAGGUACUAAAAGAGCUCAUCCAGCCAUACGCCCUGAGAGUCCAAAGUCUCAAGGAGUUCCUGCGGGACAUCAAGCCCUCGCUGCAGGUGGAGAUCGUGCCACUCAACGACCCGCUGGGGGUGUCCGUGGUGGACCGCAUGCUCCAAUGCAUCGUGGUUAGCGAGGAGACACGGAAGGGCGGCGAAGCUGUCAAUAGGAAACGCAUAGAGAAUGGCCUUCCAGCUCUGGUUCUUCAUGAGAUCCAGUUGCUAAAGGAUGCCCAUCACUCCGAGAUCGAAGAGGAAAAAAUCAGCUCUUCCAGCCUCCGCUCUCGUCUGCUGGGAACCCUCCUCACUUCUCCGAAAGCCAAGCCCCACCUCCCUCUCCAUCCGUACAUAAUCGGACUGACUGGCGGGAGCGGCAGCGGGAAAAGCUCCAUCGCCAAACGGCUGCAGGGUUUGGGCGCCGUGCAUAUCGACUGCGACAGACUGGGCCAUCAAGUAUAUGACACGGACACUGGAGCCUACCGUAAAGUUCUUGAAGAGUUUGGAUCAGAUGUCUUAAAUGAAGAUAAGAGCAUCAACAGGCGUGCAUUAGGGAGGAAAGUGUUUGGAAAGCAGGAGAGGUUAAAAGCGCUAACCGACAUUGUGUGGCCUGAGAUUGCAGUUCUAGUCAAGAACGGCGUCAGCCGAGCCAGAGAGGAAGGUAAAAAGAUUUGUGUGGUGGAUGCGGCGGUUCUUUUGGAGGCGGGCUGGACAGACAUGGUCCAUGAGGUCUGGGUGACCAUCAUCCCUGAGGAGGAGUCGGUAUUAAGGAUAACCGAGCGAGACGGCGUGACCCCGGAAGAUGCCCAGCAUCGCCUAAGAAGCCAGAUGUCCAACAUCGAGCUCAUCGAACACGCUAACGUGGUGCUCAGCACAAUGUGGGAACCCGACGUGACUCGUAAUCAGGUAUUAAAAGCAUGGAAUCUUCUACAGAAGAGAAUCCAGGAUAGAUGAACAUAGGACGACCGACGGUCAAACAGGUUGAUGCUUCAGUGCCUCGUUUUUUUGUCGUUUUUUUAAUACUAGUAUCAUACAUAAGGAAAAGACUAUGUGGACAGUAUUGGGACACCGACAUUACAGAUGAAAGUAUCCCGUUUCAGCAUUCUAAUUCAUUUCACUCAAUUAACAUGUAAUAAUGACAAAUACUGAAUAUUGGAAUAUAUUAGGAACAUUUAGGGCUCUGUGUUUAUUCACAGAAUGGGAAUAGGGGGCACAGAAGCAAAGAAGGGACCGUUUCCGCUAAGUUUCAUACGAUUCUACCAAUGAAUUAACAAAUACCAUAUUUUCUGGACUAUAAGUCGCUCCGCUGUAUAAGCUGCACAAGGCCAAAAAUGCAUAAUUAGGUAGAAAAAAACAUACAUAAGUCGCCCUGGAGUAUAAGUCGCACAAGGCCAAAAAGGAAUAAUUAGGUAGAAAAAAACAUACAUAAGUCACACAAAGCCAAAAAUGCAUAAUUUGGUAGAAAAAAACAUACAUAAGUCGCACUGGAGUAUAAGUCGCACAAGGCCAAAAAGGAAUAAUUAGGUAGAAAAAAACAUACAUAAGUCGCACAAGGCCAAAAAUUAAUAAUUGGGUAGAAAAAAAACAUACAUAAGUCGCACAAGGCCAAAAAUACAUAAUUAGGUGGAAAAAAACAUACAUAAGUCGCACUGGAGUAUAAGUCGCACAAGGCCAAAAAUGCAUUAUUAGGUAGAAAAAAACAUACAUAAGUCGUAUUGGAGUAUAAGUCGCACAAGGCCAAAAAUUAAUAAUUAGGUAGGAAAAAACAUACAUAAGUCGCACAAGGCCAAAAAUGAAUAAUUGGGUAGAAAAAAACAUACAUAAGUCGCACAAGGCCAAAAA